CCAAUGCGGUGGCAAUAGACUGCUGAUUACCAUGGCCAUUUUCUCCCCGAGUGGACCGUCUUGGACAAGCUGCUGUCUGAUUGCCCACGCCCAACGGCUUCUCGACAUCGCCCCUGGUCUUGUUGGUCUGGGGCUUGACCACCCCGGUUGCAUGCCUACAAAUUCAUCGACACCGCCUUCACAGCCAUUGUUUAAAUUCAGCCCCCUCCCCCUCCCUAGGCUGUCCCCUCUUCUCUCAAUCAGUCUCUGUCGGUUGAUUCCUGCAGCCGUCGUCUCACUUGCCUUUGCUGGUGCUGUUGCUCCAACACCUUGCAGCCUGCAUCCCGACAGUUUGUAGCUCUUACUGCUGCAACGACCAAGGCUUGCUCCUCCCCUCCUCUCCCCUCACCACCACCACCACAACCAUCAAUUCUCUCACCCCCGCUUCCGACGACACCAUGGCCACCACCACCGCCCGUUCUCAGAAGCCCGCCAUGAAGAGGAACAAGACGGCCGACUCGACUGCCAACUCCGUCUCGGCCUCGCCCUUUGACUCCCCGGCCGGUUCGGCCUCCAACACGUCGCUGUCCUCGCUGGACGAGCAGCCCCAGACCAAGAGGCCCCACGGCAAGCUUCUCGACACCUACGGAAACGAGUUCGAGAUUCCCGACUAUACCAUCAAGCAGCUCCGCGAUGCAAUUCCCAAGCACUGCUUUGAGCGCUCCGCUACCCGUAGUCUGGGAUACGUUGCCCGCGACUUGACCCUGCUUGCCACCACCUUCUACAUCUUCCACAACUACGUUACCCCAGAGACUAUUCCUUCGCUGCCUCUGCGCUCCGUGCUCUGGGCUGGAUACACCGUGCUCCAGGGUCUUUUCGGUACUGGUCUCUGGGUCCUUGCCCACGAGUGCGGUCACCAGGCCUUCUCGCCUUCCAAGACUCUCAACGACACCGUUGGCUGGAUCUGCCACUCGCUCUUGCUUGUUCCCUACUUCUCGUGGAAGAUUUCCCACGGCAAGCACCACAAGGCCACCGGCCACAUGGAGCGUGACAUGGUCUUCGUCCCAAAGACCCGUGAGGUUUAUGCCACCCGCGUUGGCAAGCUUGUCCACGAGAUCAGCGAGCUGACCGAAGAGACUCCCGUCGCCACUCUCCUCCACUCCAUUGGCCAGCAGCUUGCUGGAUGGCCUCUGUACCUCUUCACCAACGUUACCGGCCACAACUUCCACGAGCGCCAGAUCGAGGGCAAGGGCAAGGGAAAGAAGAACGGCUUCUUCGGCGGUGUCAACCACUUCAACCCCUCUAGCCCCUUGUACGAGAGGCGUGACGAGUACCUGAUCCUGCUCAGUGACCUCGGUAUCGCCCUCACUGUUUCUGGUCUUGUCUGGAUUGGCAACAACUUCGGCUUCAACAAUCUUCUUGUCUGGUACCUCCUCCCCUACCUCUGGGUCAACCACUGGCUCGUCAUGAUCACCUUCUUGCAACACACCGACCCCACUCUGCCUCACUACGACGCCGAGACCUGGACCUACACCCGUGGUGCCGCUGCUACCAUCGACCGUGAGUUUGGCUUCAUUGGCCGUCACCUUCUCCACGGCAUUGUCGAGACCCACGUCCUCCACCACUACAUCUCCACCAUUCCCUUCUACCACGCUGACGAAGCCACCGAGGCCAUCAAGCCCAUCAUGGGCAGGCACUACCGUUCCGACACCGAGGGUGGUCCCAUUGGCUUCAUCAAGGCUUUGUGGAAGAGUGCCCGCUGGUGCCAGUGGGUUGAGCCAAGUGUCGGCGCUGAGGGUGAGGGCAAGGGUGUUCUCUUCUUCCGCAACCACAACGGUCUUGGUGUGCCACCUCAGAAGAUCGAUCCCCCUUCGGCCACCAAGGGCGCCAAGAUGGAGGUUGGUCCUGAGAGCGACAAUGAGUAGAUAAUGAGCAUGAUGUAUUUUGGCGUGGACUACUU